GCUCCCAGGCGGCGGCGGCGGCCCGGGGGCUUCAGCCAGGGGGGUCCCGCGGGCAGCUCCACCAUGUCGGACAGUGACCCGGGGGACGAGGACGGCGCCAUAUCCCCUGACCCCUCGCAGUGCAAGAGAAAGAGAAGGGGCAACCUCCCCAAGGAGUCGGUGAAGAUCCUGCGGAACUGGCUGUACGAGCACCGCUUCAACGCCUACCCCUCGGAGCAGGAGAAGCUCAGCCUCUCGGGACAGACCAGCCUCUCCGUGCUGCAGAUCUGCAACUGGUUCAUCAACGCCCGGCGGCGGCUGCUCCCCGACAUGCUGCGCAAGGACGGCAAGGACCCCAACCAGUUCACCAUCUCCCGCCGGGGGGGCAAAGCCGGCGAUGUGGCCGUGCCGCGGGGCGCUGCCGCCGGCUCGGGGGUGCUGGUGGUGCCGCCCGCCAAGGUGCUGUCCAUGUCGGUGUGCCCGCAGGUACUGUGCCACCCGGCGCGGGCGCUGGCCGUGGUGAGCGCCCGCAGCCCCGACUGGGAGAAGCCCCCCGGGCCCGAGGCCAGGGCGGGCGCGGGGCCCGGCGGCAGCACCCUGACCCUGCUGGCCCGGGCCGAGGCGGGCAGCCCCACACCCGGACUCUUUAACACGCCGCCCCCGACGCCCCCCGAGCUCUUCGGGGACGACUUCAGCAGCUUCCAGCUGCUGGUGGAGGUGGCCUUGCAGAAGGCGGCCGAGCUGGAGCGGCAGCGGCAGGCAGGACAGCUGCCCCUGGCUCCCCACACCGAGCCCCCUGGAGCCUCCAAAUAACCCCGGGCCGGGUCCCGCAGGGUGCCCUUCCCCGGGGGUCCGACCCUCCCGGUCUCCACCUCACCCCCACAGCCCAUCCCAGGAGCCGCUCUGGUCUCUUCUCGGCAGCCAAGGCGGCAGAGGAAGGCCUGUCCCACGCCGCCAUCCUCCUGCUGGAGAUGCCCUGGCUGCCGAGGACGGUGCCCCGGCUGUGCAGGGACCGUCGUGCCCAGACCUCGGCGCUGGCAGUGCCCUGUCCCUGCUGUAUGGCCAGAGCGGGCACUGGAGCUUCCCUGGAAAACCUGCUGAUUUCUUCCUCUCCUGCAAACGAGGCUCCAGCCAGCACCGUUUCUUCAGAGAGACAGAGAGAACCUAUUUUUUUAAUGCCAGUGUCUAUUUUAAGGACUGUGGAUGAAGAGCUUUGUCUCCCAAAUCUCUGAUCUUUUCCUCCUCCCACCCUUCCCCCUGGCCCUCCUUUUGUUUCUGGGGGGCCUUUCUCUUUCCUGGUGCUGGCCGGGGGCCCUGCCUUGCCCAGGGAAGGGCAAAGGAUGGAUGAACUGGAAACAUGGAUUCUGUGGCAUUUUAUCAUGGAAAAAAUAGGACCCUCCUCUUCCUUUUUAGG